UUUUUGCUAAAUUGUAAAUGUCAUUCAUGGAAUGGAAUGAAGGUUUGGUUACAAAGAGAUUGGAACCAGAAUCUGCUAGAAAGCCAUUCUGUUUCUAGUGACUGCAAAAAAGUUUAAAAAAAGUCCCUAGAAAACAAGCAAAUUAGUCCUAGUCUAAUGAUAAACUUUGGAACUAAUAAUUAAGAAGAACAAACGACAACAAUAUUUCCCCAAGAUAACACUUCUCAAUCUUCCAGUGAACCAGUUAAUCAAGAGUAUAGCUCAUACAGGUUGCUUGAAGUUCCAGUGGAACACUCACCCGAAAGUGGCUCCCUUGGGCAUCGACGGAGACGGCAGGCAAACGGCUCCGGAGCUCCUUAGGAGGAGGACGACAAGCAGACCGACAAGAGCUAGCUCGACUGAAGACAAACCAAAAGUUCCCGACAUGACCCCGAUGACGAUGAAGAACAAAUUCAGGUCAAGCGCAUUCGGUAAAUAGCUCCCCAAACCGGCCACGCGACACAAACAUUAACGACAUGCAUAACUACCCAAUCCAGUAUUUUGUAUUUGUAUAUCGCAUUAGAUAAAAGAACCAUAUCAUGAGAAUACUAAAAUUGAUCCUGUUUGAGUGUGUACUCAUCUUUACCAGUAAAUAGAGGUCUCUCAUGGUGUUAAGACUGUUAACUAGAUAUAUAAACCAAACAAUUUCAACAUUCCCUGUCUUUAUUAUACUCAAACUUUGAUAAUUAACUGGACUAUCCUUGACAAAAGGAUAAAGUACUUGGACAAAUAGCUGGCUCAUCAAACUCUACAAGUGGCUUGAACCAUAUAAAAUAAUAAAAUCUAAAGACAAGAAACAAAUACUGAGAAUAUAAUAAAAAGGACAGAUGAACCUGUUCUCACUUUCUAUCUUCUUGACCUUAACUUUAGGGACUGGGGACCCAAAAUCCUUCUUCAUUGACCAUCCAUUUUGCUAUUAUAAAUGAUUAAUUCUGACAAUUCUUUGUUUCAAUACAUUAUACUAACAUUUUCUGUAUACCAUUGUGUGAUAGAAGGUAAUGUAUGCAUAAGAUAGAACCGUACGUUUGAAGUUAGUGAGAAAAAGUAAGUAUAUUAGUUUUGGUAUUUCAAUAUACUAUUACAAAAGUUACAGGAAAAUCAUUUACCUCUUUGUCAAGAUAUUAGAAGUGCAAAGUGUGUUAACAAAUAUAUUAGCUUCAAACUAUAAGAGAGGUUGUAUCAUACAGAGAUUUAAAGAAAUAAAAAGGUACAUACAUGUCUCAAAAAUGCUAAUAUUCUUGCUUUUUCGUUUUAAAAAAGAGAGACUUACAUAAGGAGACACAAUGUGUGUUUGUUUCUUCUUGAGAGACACAAUCUGAGUUUGACACACUUUCCUUCCACUUUAUCCUACCAGCUGUCCUUUAUUGGCCAGAAAUGCCCCCACUUGUUGUAACGAGAAUGUUUUGUUUUUAUUAGUCAUGUUAUUUCUUUGUAACUGAAUUAAGGUUCGGUUGUAAUAAAUGUAAAGGUAAGUCGGGGACAGCUAAUGGAUUUACGGUGGGCGAAUCUAACGCACAAGAUUUAAAGUUUAUAAAUAAGCGAAAUCGAACGGUUGUGGUUAGUAUAGUGUCUUAGGAUGUGGUUGGUGCAAUUAAGAAGGAUACGACGUUGUUGCAUUUAUUAGGGUAAAGCCAUUAAUUUCCUCCAAUUGUUGUUGCUCUCGUUUGAUUUUCAGAUCUGAGGGAGAAGACUAAGGUGAAAGAGGAAGUGAGACCUACUGUGUCUCUUUCUCACAGUUUCGCGAAACGGACAUAUCAACUGUAAGUUUUUUGUAACUUCCUCUUCGAAAGCUGUUACUUGGGUUGAUACGGUUAUGAUAUCAUGGUUGCUGAUGUUAGAAAUUGUUUUCUGUGUUAUUUGUGGUGUGAAGAGCAGAUGGAUGAGAUGUGUUUGGUUAUGUGCGGUGGUUGGGUAUGUGGUUCAGACGGAAAAUGGGAAUUCGUGGUGGAGAAGAAAAGAAUGGCUAGGAUGGUAGCUGUUGAAGUGGGAAUGUCCAUCAAAGAGCUAGAACGUCUAGUGCUUGCUGAGUUCCGUGUAGGGGAAUUGGAGUACGGUGUUUCGUUGUCUUACUGGCCACCGGAUAGUUUGGAACUUGCAACCGGGAUUAAAACCCCACCUGUAGUGCUUACGAGCGAUGGAGCGUUGAAGUAUUUUUUCACGCAUAUGAAGGUGAAGGGGUCUCUGAAUCUGUUUGCUACGUUUGAACCUUUUGGAGGAGAUGUGUUUGUAGGCUCCGGAAGUAAGAGCGUUGGUUUUGAUACACCCGUAAUGGAUAAGAAAUGUGCUGGUAGCCAUUUUGGUGGGAAGGGGGAAAACGUGUCUAGUGUAGGGUCUAAAACUUAUCCAAAAUAUACCUUCAUCAAUGACGACGAUGUUGAGCUGGUGGAGGAGGUGGAGAGGUUUGAAGAAAGAAUGAAGGCUCAGAGUAAGGCCAGCGGAGGAGAUGAUUUUGGUGGUUGCAGUGAAGGUAUUGAUGGUGAUUAUGUUGGUCCAGAAGAGAUAGAUGAGAGGGAUGUUAGGCCAAGAGGAUAUGACUAUCAAUUCUGGGAACCAUUAAUUGCUGGUGAUUUGGGUGGAUCAAAUGCUGUGGAGGUCAUAUUCAACGAUAAAGAGGACCCUGGUUUGGUUAAGAUGGAAGCGGCUAGGCGAGCCAACGGCGGCCCCGCUAAAAAUGGAGAGCAUGGUCAGUCGUCCAGUGGAUGGGGGGGAAGCGAUGUUGAAGCAGAGGUACCCAUGGAUGACUUCUCGUGGAUGGGAGGAAACCGUGGUGGUGGAAACAAACCACGUGGACAUGAUACUGGCGGACGCGACGGAGAUAAACGGAAGUUAUGCGACGUGGACGACGAAGAGUUUGACAUUCCUCCUUUAUAUGAUGAUACAGAGUACGAAGCUGCUGAGAUACCUGGACUCGAUAUCGAAGAGGCAGAUGGUGUGGUGCAUGUUGGAAAAGUAUAUGGGAGCAAGGUUGAUUGUCAAAUAGCUUUGGCUAUUUAUGCCAUCAAGAAUCAGAUCAGGUUCAGUCAGACCCGUACGAAAGUUGACUCGUUUGUUUGCGAGUGUCCCGAAAAGAAGUGCGAUUGGCGAGUUACAGCACAUGAGAUACGCGGAACUGGGUACUAUGAAAUUCGGAAAGCCCAGCUUGUUCAUUCUUGCCCAAUAGAGAGCCGGAAUGGUUACAUGAAGAGAGGAACAGCCCGAGUAAUUGCGGCUGUGUACAAAGCCAAAUUUAAGGAGCCAAGCAAAGGCCCUAAAGUGGGAGAAUUGCAGAGGCUUGUUCUGGAAGAUCUGAGGAUAUCAGCUUCUUACAUGAAGUGUUAUAGAGCAAAGCAACAAGCUGUAUUUGAUUUAAGGGGACCAGAUGAUGACUCUUAUACGAAGUUGGCAGAGUAUUUGUAUAUGCUGAAACUUGCAAAUCCAGGCACAAUAGCUGAUAUAGAGUCAGAGGUUGACAAGGGUGGAGUGGAGCGAUUUGUGUACAUGUUCUUGUCGUUUGGUGCUUCUAUAAGAGGUUUCAAGAAGCUGAGGCUGGUAUUGGUGGUUGAUGGCACACACCUCGGUGGUAAGUUCAAAGGUGUUUUGUUAACAGCUAGUGGUCAGGAUGGAAAUUUCCAAGUGUUUCCUUUGGCAUUUGCUGUUGUGGACGCUGAGGAUGUGGAUGCGUGGACCUGGUUUUUCCAGAAGCUUGAAAGGAUUCUGGCUGAUUCUCCAGAUGUCACCAUAAUUUCAGAUAGAGCAACUAGUAUUGCAUCGGCAGUGAGUCGUGUGUAUCCACAGGCACAGCACGGGUACUGCAUUGUUCAUUUAGCAAGGAAUGUGAAUGCUAGAUUUUCAUGCAAGGGGCUUGCAAGGAUGGUGACAGCCGCAGCCUGUGCUCACAGGAUGCGUGACUACAAAAACUACUGUGACAAGAUUAAGGCGGCAAACAAUGAUUGCGCUAUCUAUUUAGGUAAGAUUGGAACAGCGCACUGGUCGCGGACAUACUUCAAAGGUGACCGGUACAACAUAAUGACAAGUAACAUAGCUGAGCAGCUGAACAAUGCUUUGGUGGAAGGCAGAUCAUCCCCAAUAGUUGAGUUGCUUAUGUUUAUACAAGAGAUGAUGACAAGGUGGUUUAGUGCUCGUAGGAAGAAGUCUGAGAGGCAUAGGGGGUUGAUGACUGUUGAGGUGGAUAAGGUAAUGACAAAGAGCAUGGCACUGAUGAGUGGAAGCAAAAUCAAUUCAGUUUCUAGUUGGAGCAGUCAGGUUGUAGGGAAGUAUGGAGGUUAUGACAGCGUAAUUUUAGAUCAGAAAAAAUGUUCCUGCAAGUACUUUGACCACAUGAAGAUACCAUGUGGUCAUGCAAUGCUCGCUGCUGACAACCUUGGGGUACCUUACGAUACACUAGUUGGGCACUGGUACAAGACAGAGGCCUGGAGAGAAACAUACGCCGAUGUGAUCAGUCCAAUUGGCGAUCCAAGGGAUGAGGAUAUUCCUGAAGAGGUGAUGAAUAAGGUUUUGAUGCCACCUGUGACGAAGAGACCGGCAGGAAGGCGGAAGACAAAACGCUUCCUAUCAACAGGAGAAAUCCCUGGACCAAAUAAGAAGGCGGUACCGAACAAGUGUGGAAGAUGCAGGGGGACAGGGCAUAACAGGACGAACUGUACGGUUCCGCUGAAAUGAGUGGGAGAAGAGACCUUAGGAGGCUUUUGGGGAGAGGAAGGCUUAGGAGGCUUUUGGGGCGAUGACGCGUUUGGGUGAUGUGGUUAAUUUUUUUUUGUUUGAGAACAAACCACCCAUAGGAUUAACAUAUGUAUUUCGGUUUUCGGUUGAUGGAUGCUAUUAUGAUGUUUUAUGGGCGAGGAAUUGUAGGUUUUUUCACACUGAAAAGACAUGUUGGGAUUUGGAUGAUGUGUUUAAGGUGAAGUUUGUUAUUAUUGUUGUUCUGCUUGUUGACUUAUUUUACAGAAAUUGGAACAUAGAUUUUUGACCACUAGGUUGCUAUAUGGCAGAAAAUGAUUUUGUGAAUUAGCUAACCACGACUUGAUAACCGCUAUUGACUAGUAUACAGAAAUAUAGGGUAAAGGGUUUAAGAAUAGUUUUGGUAAGCCGGAAAUUGUAAGCUUGUGGAUGGCGGGUGUGUGGUUGGUUUGUUGGGAUCCUAAUACAUAGUUAUGUGUAAAUAUAAGAGAUUAGGUAAUCUCUUAGGUAUAAUGAAAGACAGAGAGUUUGGUGGGAGGUUUUAAAUACGUGAAGACCAUUUUUUUGUUUUAGCGAGCUGAGUGAUUUGGGAAAGAAAUAAGUAUUCUUUUGAGUUAAGGGUUAAGGGUAUGGUGUAUAGGGUAUAGGGGUGUAUGGUUUGGGAUAUACGUUUGUAGUUAGUGAGAUCGGUUUGUGUUCGAGACCUGUAAAUCAAUGUUUCUGAACUUGAGGUUGUUCGGAUAUGGAUUCUCGGAACCAGUUGAUUAAAUUGUUUUGAAAUGUAUUGUUCCGAUUUGGAUGGGUCGAGAAGUUGGUUGUGGUAGGCAGCAGUUCUGAACUAGCUUUGUCUGUUAGGGUUGCGAAACCUUUUUUCGCAGCGGUGGAUUCAGUGUAGUGGAUGGUAAAACCCGAAUGGUAUAUAUGCCGUCCUUAUGUACGUGGUUGUGUGAGCGUGGAUGUUAUGUGUGUGGUUUACGCGCUUGAUUAUUUGGUUAGAGGUAUGCGAGGUAUUUGCAAUUGGAGAGACUUAUUUGGGAAAUCAGAGGAUGCUUUUGUUAAGAAAAUCAAUAAAGACACAUAAUUGCAUAGUGGAAGUGAUACAUUGUUCUCUACUAGAGCAUUGAAAUAAGUGAAACACUGGAUCUACGCAUUAGAUCUAAUACUCUGUAGGACAUCAAGAAUCUCACAAAUAUCUGUCUUGAGGUCGAGAAGAUCUUGCUUAAGUUGUGUCAUGUCUUGUUGGAGAGUGGCUUGUUUAUCUGCCAGCAUUCCCAACUCUUCGGAGUUGGCUUCGUCAACCCACUUGAAAAGGUGUCCUGGACCGGAGGUUGUCCCGCAACGAAAGAACCUUCGCCCUGGGUUUUCUUGGGUUCUGGAUGUGAGAACAAUGGUCUGAGACCCACAAUGGCACUGCCUGGGUAUUCCUUGUACAUUUUCCAUUUGGUGGAGGCAAAUAUUUUUUAAGAUCUGAGAUGAAGAGAGAAGAGGUAUUGUGAGUUGGAGAUAUUAUGAGGGGAGAUCUACUUUUGUUAGUCUUUAACGAGAUUUAUCAAUGUGUUGGUGGGUCCUGUAACAGGAAAACGUUACAGGGUAGGUUUGAAUUCGUGGACGGAUAGCGGUGGUUGGAACUAUAAGUGUUUUGGUGCGUAUGGAUCUGUGGAUAGUCACGUGUGGUUAGAACAAAAUGGUAAG